AUGGACGCCCUCGGACCGAGCCGAGAGGGGCAAGAACCCACCCGCACGGUGAGCAACUCGAACCAGAAGCUCCGCUACACGAAAGUGCGCGAUGCCGUGGCGGGUGGAAUGGCGUCCGUCAACGCCGAGCCGUUCUUCUACAGCUUUAUCGAGGAGCACGAGACGUCCAAAUAUUUGAUGGAACCGGGCGACUUUCUCGUCCGCCAGGUGCUGUCCUGGAAGAACAACUCCAAGUCGACGCAAGACAAGCGCUACAUCAUCGCCUUCAUGACAUACUCCCGUACCAACCGCGUCUACUACCUCCACGAAUACUGCUUCAACACGGCGCAGGGCCUCGUCUCCUACCACCGGGACUUCCACGUAUCGUUGGACCGCUUCGCCGACAAGUUCAUCGUCAACGGCGUCCGCCUGGCCCACGAGCACAAGAUCUACCAUGAGCAGAUCCAGCGCAUCAAGGCGCUGGGCGACGGCGCGUUCGGCGAAGUGUUCAAGGCCUACUACCGUGCCGGGGUCUUUUCCCGCGUUCCGGUGGCCGUCAAGAUUCUGGUCGGCGCGACGACGGAGGACAGCGAGGCGUUGCUCAAGGAAGCGCUGCUCAUGCGCUCGCUGAAGAUCCACCACCCGAACGUCGUCGACUUGGUGGCCAUCGCCUGCUACGAGCAGCCGCUGAUGCUCGUCCUCCAGCUGUGCCAGGGUGCCCUGCUCGAUUUUGUGCAGCCGCCCGACGAGAAGCACCCCAACAAGCGCUGCCCGCCUAUCGCGGAGCGUAUCCACUGGGUGUGCGGCGCGGCGCGCGGGCUCGCCUUCUUGCACGAGAAGCAGAUCAUCCACCGUGACGUCGCCGCCCGCAACGCGCUCAUCGGCAAGGACAACGAGGCCAAGAUCAGUGACUUUGGCCUGUCGCGCGCCGGCUCGCUGCAUCAGGAGACCAAGCUGAAGAAGGUGCCCAUCCGCUACCUGGCCGUAGAGACGCUCACCAAGGGCAUCUACUCGCCCCGCACCGACGUCUGGGCGUUCGGGGUGUUGAUGUGGGAGGUAUUCAACGAUGGCAAGACCCCCUACGAGGACAUUGAUGACUCCAAGAUCAAGGAGAUCAAAGCGUUCGUGAAAGGGGGUGGCCGGAUGCAGCCGGGGGACACGUUCCCCGCCGAGCUGUGGAAGCUGUGCCAGAACUGCUGGCAGGAGGAUCCGAAUAAAAGGCUGACGAUGGCCGAGUGUGCCCACGUCUGCGGGCUGCAGUACAGCGUCUCCGGCGGCUGGAUUACAGCCAAACGCUACGCGAUCAUCCAGCAGCCCAACUGGGACCUCGACGCUUUCCGCGCCGUCGAAGCGGAGCGCAUGAAGAUUGUGAUGGCCGAGCGGAAAGCCGACGGACUCGACGUUCCGGCUCCGGAAGCUGCUGCUCCUCCGCCGCCAAAAGCACGCCCCUCGGAU